AUGACUUUAAAAUUGGAUAUGAGUAAGGCGUAUGACCGGGUGGAGUGGUAUUACUUAGAAGGGAUAAUGAGGAAGAUGGGUUUUAGGGAGAGGUGGAUAAAUCUUGUAAUGGGUUGUGUGAAAACCGUUUCAUAUUCUGUUUUAGUAAAUGGUGAACCAUGUGGGACGAUUUUCCCUACAAGGGGAAUUAGGCAGGGAGAUCCACUUUCCCCUUUCCUAUUUCUCCUUUGUACGGAAGGGUUGAAUGAUUUAAUUAAAAAAGCAAAAUUACAAGGAGACAUUCAUGGUUACUCCCUUUGUAGGAGAGGCCCGAAACUAACGCAUCUGCUUUUUGCAGAUGAUAGUCUUAUUUUUUGCAAGGCAACUUUGGAGGAGUGUAAUAAGGUGAUGGACAUACUAAGAGUGUAUGAGGAAGCAUCAGGACAAAAAAUAAAUAGAAGUAAAACCCCCUUGUUCUUUAGCAACUCUAUUCUAGAGGAUGUGAAGCAUGGAAUUAAGGUGGCCUUUGGUGUCCCAGAAAUUAUGCAAUAUGAGAAGUAUCUUGGGCUGCCCUCUCUUGUGGGCAAAAGGAAAAAAGAAAGUUUCAACUACAUAAAGGAAAAGGUAUGGCGGAAACUUCAAGGAUGGGAAGCCAAAUUACUCUCUCAAGCCGGAAGGGAAGUGCUCUUAAAGGCGGUUAUUCAAGCUAUCCCAACUUACACUAUGGGAUGCUUCAAAUUGCCAGUAGGUUUGUGCAAUGAGAUUGAGACCCUAAUUAAGAAGUUUUGGUUGGGGCAAAGGGGUGACCGUAGGAAAAUCCAUUGGGUUAAAUGGGAGGAGAUGACAAAAUCCAAGACUAUUGGAGAAAGUUUUGAGAAUCACACUGUGGAUUCACUUAUUGAUCCGGUCUCAAGAAGCUGGAAUGAGGAGCUGGUAGAUGGCCUAUUUGGGGUAGAGGAUGCAGAGAUGAUUAAGAAAAUACCCCUGAGUCGAAGUGCAGCAGAAGACACCCUUUAUUGGCCUUAUUCAACCUCUGGUCACUACACGUGCAAGUCAGGUUAUAGAUUCCUUAAAGAGGAAUCAGAGUCACUUGCUCAUGCACAAGCCCCACCAAUCUGUGAUGAGAAGGUUUGGAAAGCAAUAUGGAAGAUGCAAAUCCCACCGAAGAUUAGAAAGUUUAUUUGGCGAGCUUGUCGCAAUGUUUUGCCGACCAAACAAGCUCUAAUGAAGAGGAAAAUAGUUGCUGAACCAAUUUGUGAAAGAUACAAAUUGGAUGUGGAAGAUGCAGAGCACGCUUUGUGGUCAUGUCCGGAGUUGGAUGUGGUGUGGGCUGAUCAGGUACCGUGGAGUUUCAGGCUUGAAGUUGGUUUCUCAGGUGUUAAGGAGUUGCUGUCAUGGAUGGUGGAGAAAGGAAUGCCCCUGGAGCUGUUUGCAUUUACGGCUUGGAGGAUUUGGAAUCAGCGGAAUAAAGUCCGCCUUGGGAGCAGCGGCAUCAAAGGAACAAGGUGGAGUCCUCCGCAAGCUGGUUUUGUCAAUAUUAAUUUUGAUGGCUCCGUGUUCAGUAAUGCAAACUCGUCGGGUGUUGGAGCUGUAAUAUGGAACCAUAAUGUAGCUGUUAUGGCCUCUUGUGCAGAAAAAUUAAACCAAGCUUACAAGGCAGAGGAGAUAGAAGCGUUGGCAGCACUUAAAGCGUUACAGUUGGCUUUCAAUCUAGGUUUCCAAAACGCCAUACUUGAAGGGGACUCGCUUGGUCUAAUAAAAGCUUUGAAGGCAGACGACCAUAAUUUAUCUCCAUUGGGUCUAUUGGUAGAAGAUGUCAAGUUGGCUGCAAGUAAUUUUGUUAGUUUGUCAUAUUCUCACAUUAAGAGAAACGGUAAUAGUGUAGCUCAUAAUCUGGCGAAACAUACUAUAAGCAUACUAGAUUUUCAAGUUUGGAUGGAAGAUGUCCCAUCACAUGUUGUUUCGUUUUUACAUUCAGAUGUAGUUCAUUUACCUUAA